ACGGAGUAUACCAUUUGUCCUGUACAACAAAAAAGAGAACUUGAAAACUUCUAUUCGCGUCAUCUCGGUGUCGACAUAUUAUUCUUUAAUUUUUAUAAUUUACCUUCGAAAAUACUGUCGCUACGUGCAAAGUAAACAUAUUCAAAUAUACAAAAGGCCUGUGGCUUCUUGUCUGGUCUAUCGACAAUGUCUAUAGUUUUAAUUCCUUCACGUGUGAGCUCCACAAUUUCACCAGGAAAUACUUCACGCACAUAACGUGCUCCAAUACUUAAGAAUCCACACGAUUCAGAGGAAAUAACCCAACCUUCAGGUUCGUCAUCGUCGUCAUCUGAUUCAUUUCCAGCUACAUGAGAACAAUUUAUUAAACUGUUUCUUUUUUAGAAUAAAACAUAGUUAUAUCUAUAUUGACAUACCCAAAUUUCCAAUCGGUACAAUUUUUCCAAGACACAAUGGACGAUUUCCAUAGGGAUCUCUAACGCCAUAUAUUUUGUCUCUUUGCAUGAUUACUAAAGAAUAUGAUAAUGGUGCUAAUUGCAUGAGAUGUUUGAUACGUGCUGGCCAAUCUGGACCAUUAACUUCACCUUCGGGAGGAUUUAAACAAAGAGCUUGCGUAAUUAAUUCAGAAUCUGAAUAAGUUGACAAGCCAACUCCACGACCUAACACCUAAACAUAAAUCGUAUAUUAAAAAAUUGUUUGACUAUAAGGUUCAAAAAACUGAAAUAUAUUUCAGCUAUUAGCAUUAUGCCUACCAUCUUCCUUAAAGAUUCUGUAUUAACUAAUUCUCCAUUAUGAGCAACAGCUAAUGCUCCGUGUGCAGUGUGAACCACAAAUGGUUGACAAUUAACUUCUUCGCUUGCUGCACUUGUGCUGUAUCUAGUAUGACCAAUGCCAAGAUUUCCACUAAGUUUCUUCAUAUUUUCGUCGUUAAAAAUGUUGUUAAUCAUUCCCAUACCCUUGUGAACAUGAAAGGAUUUUGAGCAAACACCUUCACUAGUAACAAUUCCAGCACUCUCUUGGCCCCUAUGUUGUAGGGCAACUAAACCUAGGCAAAUAUUGUCUCUGUGAAAGAAUUGGUGCUUACUUUUAAAAAACAACUAGAAAUAGAAAGUAUAUGGAUUAAUUUACCUAAACAGAUAACUUGACCAACAUCAAUUUGAGACGGCCAAUCGCCAGCAGCAAUGCAUCCAAAAACACCACACUCAUGACAGAAUUUUCAAAGUGGGGAUUGCUAACGACACGAUUAAGCACAAUUCUACAAGAGAGAAGCUGGCAUUCGAGAAGUAAACGAAGAAGAAGAAACAUGGAUGAAUAUAAACGUGGAGAUUUGAUCAUUGAAGGGAAAACCAAACAAGUGUAUGAACUGAAGAAUAAUCCUGAGUUAUGCAUUUUAAUAAGCAAAGAUCGCAUCACUGCUGGAGACGGUGUAAAAUCUCAUAACUUGAAAGGCAAAGCUGCUAUUAGCACAGCUACUACAGCUAAAGUCUUCCAAUUAUUGAAAGAGGCAGGAUUAAAAACUGCAUUUGUUAAAGUGGUGAAUGACACAACUUUUAUUGCUAAAAAUUGCAAAAUGGUACCCAUAGAAUGGGUUACCAGAAGAUUGGCUACUGGUAGCUUCCUGAAGAGACAUCCAGGAGUUCCAGAAGGAUAUAAAUUCAAUCCACCAUUGCAAGAAACAUUCUUCAAAGAUGAUGCUAACCAUGACCCUCAAUGGUCAGAAGAACAAGUUAUUUCUGCAAAUUUUAUGUUUAAUGGAAUUAAAAUAGGAAAAGAUGAGUUUGAUAUUAUGCAACGAACAACUGUUGUUGUAUUUGAAAUUUUGGAAAGAGCUUGGGCAACUAGAGAUUGUGCUCUUAUUGACAUGAAAAUAGAAUUUGGUGUGGAUAUAAAUGGUGAAAUUAUGGUAGCAGAUAUAAUUGAUAGUGAUUCUUGGAGACUUUGGCCAUCUGGUGAUAAAAGACUGAUGAAAGACAAACAAGUAUACAGAAACCUAGCAACUGUUACUCAAGAAGACUUGGAUGUCGUAAAACGUAAUUUUGAAUGGGUAGCAGAUCAAUUAGAUCAUCUUAUUCCCCCAAAUAAUAGUUUAGUUGUUGUUUUAAUGGGUUCACCAUCUGAUGAGGAACAUUGCAAAAAAAUAGCAAUACAUGCCAUGUCUUUUGGUUUAAACGUGCAACUUCGCGUGUGUAGCGCUCAUAAAGGAACUCAAGACACAUUACAUAUUCUCUCAGAAUAUGAAGGUAUCUCUGAAAAGGUGGUGCUAAUAGCUGUAGCAGGGAGAAGCAAUGGACUGGGUCCAGUACUGUCUGGAAACACGCCUUUGCCUGUUAUUAAUUGUCCACCUUUUAAACCAGACAACAUUUCACAGGACAUAUGGUCGUCAAUCAACGUACCCUCAGGAAUUGGAUGCACUACAGUCGCUUAUCCUGAAAGUGCUGCGCUUGCAGCAGCUCAAAUUCAUGCAUUACACGAUCACCUUGUCUGGUCGCGACUAAGAGUUAAGCAGUUAACCAAUUUUGUCGCUUUAAAAAAAGCUGAUUCGAAAUUACGAAAUCUUGUUAUUUAAUGUUUUUGUGUUGGCUGAUGAGUGUUAAAAGACACAAAGGACUUUCAUUCAUUCUUCAAUAUACUUGCCAAUUAACAGUAACUGUGUUUACUUCUUACAAAUACUAUAUAUUAUAUAUUCUUACAAGUUUAAUUUGUAAUCGAUUUAAUAUCUAAAUGUUCAUGCUAGCACUCUUUGUAUAUACAAUAUUACUGUUUCUCCUCAUGAUUCUUUAUUGGUUACAAGUAUAUAAUAUUCAUUUGUUUCCACUGAAGCAAAUUUUUGAAUAACAAAAAUGCAUACACAUUUUCGAUACUUGCAAUGAUAAUUUUGUACUGUUACUAUGUCAUUCAAGAAACAAUUUUUUGCAUUGAUAACUUUGAUAUGUUAGAUGUUUAAUCUAAAACGAAACAAAUGUAUCAAGUUACAUUAAAUUACAUCAACAUGUAUUGUGACAUUAAAUGAAUGAACGAAUCAAUAGAAACAAAUAUUACCAUUACAAUUACUGGUUUUUACUUGCUAAAGUUUCUAUUACCGCAGUUUCCUUUGGACAACUUUCAGUUAAUAUUACUGGCCCGUUUUCUGUUAUCAAAAUAUCAUCUUCAAUGCGUACACCUAAACCAUGAAAUUGUGGUGGUGCAAAUUGAUUUCUCGAGUUUAUGUAUAUACCUGUAAAUAUUCAUGAAGUAAAUGUUGAGUGAAUUAAAAUAAUAUAUUCGGUUGAUUUGUA